AGUAGUGGGGAUCGAAAUACGGGCGAAAAAGAGGGGAAGCGAGCCAUGCAAGAAAAAUUAUACGAACCCUGAGCUCUCGUCGGCCAUAAGCAUAGCAUAAACAAAUUGUAACAAUGAUCCGUUGACCUGUGCCAAGUGGCUGGUGGGGAACGAGGAAAGUAUGUUGUCGUUCUUACGAAAAAUCUCAAUCGGAGGAAAGAUAAGAGAUGGUUUGCCGACAGGCGACGAAAUGGAGGCUACCGAAGGCUGCUUGGACGCGAAAAAUCGUGCGAUCCUCUCGCUGUCCGACGCUGAACUCAAGGAGUCCGUCUAUGACCUGCUGAGGACUAUCAAGGACCCGGAGAAACCGCAGACUCUGGAGCAACUAGAUGUUGUCUAUGAAGACUGUGUCGAGAUUCUCAACCAGACGCCCAAAGGUGUUUCUGUGAUACGGAUCGAGUUCAACCCAACAGUGCCACACUGUUCCCUGGCGACGCUAAUUGGUCUUUGCAUUAGAGUAAAAUUAGAACGACAGUUAGAAGACUUUUUUAAACUAGAUAUAUACAUUAAAAAAGGUGCACACUCUACUGAACAAGAGAUAAACAAACAGAUAAACGACAAAGAGAGAAUCGCUGCUGCUAUGGAGAAUCCUAAUUUAAGAGAGCUGGUGGAGAAGUGUAUUCAGGAAGAAGAGUGAAAGCCUGGCUGUUUGCAUGCUGCAUGGAUUCCAUUAGGUCCAAACAUGCUCAUUACUCUCAUACAUAUAAUCAAAGAGGCAGGAUGUGUUUUAUCCACGAUCGCCAAGAAGAACUCUUUGUACUAAUACGAAUGUACAUAUAAACGAUACAAAUGGCGGAUGAACGACUGUAAAUUUUUUAUAAAUGUACUAAAUAUCUUUGUACAUUAAAUUGUAAAUAUAUUUGAUUUGAAAAGAA